AUGGGAGGUUCUGAAGGUGUAGAAACCCAUGUCCUAAUGGUGACACUACCAAUGCAAGGUCACAUCAAUCCAAUGCUCAAAUUCGCCAAACAUGUCUCACAUCCGAACAUCCACUUCACUUUGGCCACAACUGAGCAAGCUCGUGAACUCCUCUCCGGCGACAAACCCCAUAGCGCCUCGGUGGACCUCGCUUUCUUCUCCGACGGUCUGCCUAAAGAAGACCCAAGAGUCGAAGAGAAUCGCCUAGAGUCAUUGAGAAAUGUCGGAGGCAAGAACUUGUCUAAAAUCGUUGAAUCAAAGAGAUUCUCUUGCAUCAUCUCCUCGCCUUUCACUCCAUGGGUUCCUGCUGUUGCAGCUGCUCAUAACAUCCCUUGUGCGAUCCUAUGGAUCCAAGCUUGUGGAGCUUUCUCGGUUUAUUACCGUUACUACAUGAAGACGAACGCUUUCCCUGAAGAUCUCGAAGACCUGAAUCAAACAGUGGAUCUACCAGCUUUACCAUUGUUGGAAGUCAGAGAUCUCCCUUCGUUUCUCUUGCCUUCUGGAGGAAGUCACUUCCAUAAGCUAAUGGCGGACUUCGCCGACUGCUUGAGUGAUGUGAAAUGGGUUUUGGUGAAUUCGUUCUACGAACUCGAAUCAGAGAUCAUUGAGUCGAUGUCUGAUCUCAAGCCAAUAAUCCCAAUUGGUCCUCUGGUUUCUCCAUUUCUACUGGGAGCUGAUGAAGACAAAACCCUAGAUGGGAAAAAUCUGGAUAUGUGGAAAUCGAAUGAUUGUUGUCUGGAGUGGCUUGACAAGCAAGCCAGGUCUUCGGUUGUUUACAUAUCUUUCGGAAGCUUGCUCGAAUCGUCGGAGAAUCAAGUGGAGAGCAUAGCGACGGCUCUGAGAAACAGAGGAGUCUCAUUUCUCUGGGUGAUUAGGCCUAAGGAGAGAUCCCAAAACGUCCGCGUUUUGCAGGAGAUGGUUCAAGAAGGACAAGGUGUUGUGAUCGAGUGGGGUCCUCAGGAGAGGAUACUGAGCCACGUGGCGAUCUCUUGCUUCGUCACGCACUGCGGUUGGAACUCUACGAUCGAGACGGUGGUUGCUGGUGUUCCGGUGGUGGCGUACCCUAGCUGGACGGAUCAGCCGAUUGACGCGAGACUGCUCGUGGAUGUGUUCGGAAUCGGUGUGAGGAUGAGAAACGACGCCGUCGACGGCGAGCUUACGGUCGCAGAGGUAGAGAGAUGCAUUGAAGCCGUGACGGUGGGACCCGCCGCCGUGGAUAUGAGGAGGAGAGCGACGGAGCUGAAGCAUGCCGCAAGAUUGGCGAUGGCUCCUGGUGGAUCUUCGGCUCAGCGUUUGGACUCUUUCAUCAAUGAUAUCACAAUCACCUGA